AUGUUAUCUCCUAAAAAGGAGUCUUCUAGUCCUUGUACUACUGAUAGUACACAGAAGCAGGUGGAGCUUGAUAUUGGCAGUUUCGAUCUUUCUCAGUCCAAAUCUUCUAUUCAGCAAGAGCCAGUAGAUGCACCUGAAUCUACUGUUGAAGAUAGUUCAGAAAAAGAGGAGUAUUCCAUAGCCAGAAAUAGAACAAGGAGAGACAUUCGACCACCACAAAGAUAUGCAAAUUUAGUUGCAUAUGCUUUGUCUGUUGCAGAAAAAACUGAUACAGUUGGUGAGCCUUCCACCUAUUUAGAAGCAUUUUCUUGUAAUGAUUCUGCAAAGUGGUUGAUUGCCAUGAAUGAAGAAAUUGAAUCUCUUCAUCAAAAUGAAACUUGGGUUCUUGUAAAGACGUCGUCAGAUAAAAAAAAUAGUUGGUUGCAAGUUGGUCUUCAAGAAAAAGGAAGAGACACUCUAGAUCGGUACUCAAAGGAAUUGAAAAUCCUUGCCAUCAAGGUCCUUGAGCAAAUGACAAAAGCAUUAGGAAUGAAGCUUGAAGAUAUGACAAUGCUUUUUCAAGAAGGGAUGCAAUCAAUGAGGAUGAACUAUUAUCCUCCAUGUCCCCAACCUGAGCUUGUGAUGGGCCUUUGCCGCCACUCUGAUACUGCUGGGCUUACCAUAUUACUUCAAGUCAAUGAAGUGGAAGGCCUCCGAAUCAAAAAGGCUGGAGCUUGGGUUCCUGUUGUUGUACCACUUUCUAAUGCAUUCAUAGUCAAUGUUGGAGACAUUUUAGGGAUUGUGACAAAUGGGAUUAACAAGAGUGUUGAGCAUCGGGCAACUGUGAAUUUGCACAACGAAAGGCUUUCCAUUGCGACGCUUCUCGCCCCAAAAUUGGAUGGUGAUAUGGGUCCAGCGCCAAGUCUUAUCACCCCUGAAAAUCCAGCAAUUUUCAGAAGAAUUCAUAUGAUUGACUAUUUAAAAGCGUAUUUUUCCCGUGAACUAGAUGGGAAAUCAUUCAUUGACACAAUGAGGACCCAAAUCGAAGACUUUUAGGCUCUUAGUCCCUUUAUGAUUUUUCUCUUUGAAACUUAUGUACACUGUUGACAUGGUGUCCCCUCUUCAUCGCCUCCCCCAACUUUCAUUCACCACAAAUUGUAUAAUUGUUUAAGAAUUAAUCCUGUAUAUAAUGACACUA